UCAACACUAUCAAAGAAGUUUUCUAGGAACUUAAGCAAGGUGGAAGUCUCGCAAUCUUACCUUAUUUAAAUUUUCGUCACGAAGGAAGUAUUGAGAAGGGAGUGUGGUCUAGUUUGCCGCCUUCGCGAUAAGAAAGGACACAACUACUACCAGCAGGAUCUUUAAGAUGACUGCUCUGACACAAUUUCCGUCAGCUCGGAAAGUCGGCGCUGGGCUUGUCAGCUUAGUCUUGCUCAUCUCCACUAGGCUUGCACUCGUCGACCAUGUAGCCUUUGGCGCUUUUGCCGCAGCACCGCAUAUUACCGAAAGCACGGACGAAGGGUUUUCCGUGCCUGCCGAAGCCGGUGACCCUGAACCGCAAGAAACAGGACAAAAACGCAAACAACACAAACGUCGCGGCGGUCGCAAAGUCAAUAAAAAUAAAGGCGUGAAAGCAACUACACUCGACGCGUCCGCAUCGGCGGAUGAGCAGCGAACUGCGACUGCAGAAAAACGCGCGGCAAGUGCACGGACGACGUGUCGCAGCCCCAGUCCUCGGUUGUUUGGCUUACCUGCCGGGCAGCAAAGCAGCACUCGAGCGACUGCGACUGUGACGGGCCGUAGAAGCGGGGAACAAAACGAGCAAGAUGGAAAGCAAGACACGGCUGCCGCUGGCAAGAUGUGCAGCAACGACGGCGAGCAACUCGCUCAUCUAAGCGAAAAAGAUUUGGCGCAGUUGCGAGCACAAACGUUUAGUAUUCAAAUGCUCGCGGCACAGAAAAGCAUACUGCGAAACAGAGGCGACCUCCGCACUUAUCAGGGAUGCCUACAGGGAGACGCGCUUGGCACUGCGAGGAAAGAAAUGUGGGGCAAAGCGAUGGAGUAUUUUUCAAAGUUCGUUGUCCCGCCGAGAGCGAAUCCAGUAGAUCGACAGACGGCCGUAGGGUCGUCGCUCAGGACCGCCGUAGGAUCUCUGCCGGAUUGUGUUUCAGUAUCCCAGUCCCUUGUUGUGGACUUGUUGGAGCAGAAGUCCUCGCGAGGGAAUAGCUCUGCAUUCGUACGAAAAGCUUUCGAACUGGCGCUUCCCGCUGUCGAAAUUAAAGAUGUCACUGGACCCGAAUACAUACGUCUCGAUCCUGCUAGACCCCGACUGGGACCGACUCGCGAGCGGUACCGGGUGCACUUUGACGCCGCGGACUGGAAUUCUGUCUAUACGCAGUUCUAUCGCCCCUUUCGGAAGCUGCUCUUUCGCUGGGAAUCCGCGUUGGUACAGAAUGCCGAAUACUUUCGCCUGGAAAAAAAGCACGCACACAUGCUUCGCUCCAUGGUCCCGGAAUACCUUUUUCUUGCGAACCCGAGGACGUUGUUCAAGGAUAUAGAGGAAUCGCAGCUCCUGCAAGAGGUGGAAAUCGCAGACGGAGCACCAGAAGCGCAGGAUCGUGCUUUGAGAGCGCGCUGGGAAGAGAUACAGCGGUACGAAGCGGAUCUUGCGGACGCGACCAAAGAGCUAGACUGGAAAUGGAGCACCGCUGUGAAGGCGGCGAUGGGAAACGAUGAAGAUGUUCUGAAUCUCGAAAAUCGCAGAAUUGCCCACUUCGUCAAGUUUUUCCUGGCGUUUGCAAGUCAACUCCCCAUCAUUCGUACGGAAGAUCAGCAGACGUUGAUGGACGAUUUGGCGUCGAUGUAUGCAACUCCGAGGGCUUCAUCUCCAGAGAAGAUUGAUGAAGAUCAUGGCGCAACUUCUGAAAAUCCUGAUCCAAGUCUGGACGCGCUAGUACCCAUCCUGGCACCCACACCGAAGUGGGCGAUUGAGCCUCCCUUCGCGUUCUUGGAGCCGAGUGAAAGUACUAGGACCUCCCGCACAACCUUGCCUCCUUGGUCAUCUUGGUCAUCUAGUUCUCCUGCUCCCGCGUCGGGUAUGUGGACUCGUAGUUCUUUGCGCUCCGCUACCAGUGCGUCACCGCCUCCAGGGCAGCAUUCUGGAGCGGCUCAUCAUUCGCCUUCGCCUUCACCUCCAGGGACCACUGUGGAGCAACACUCUGGAGCCGCUUGCAUGUCUUCGCCGUCGGAGACCAGAACCACAAGCAUGGAGGAUCUUGCUGAAGAUGCACAGCAAAUACGUACGUUGGCGUCACACGAUGUCUUGCGCACAAGCAUUGAGAGUGACCCAUCCAGGGCCUGGCGCGAUGUGUUUCUGAACAACUUCCUGGCGGACCCCGAUCAGGAUCGCAUGCUCUUUCUCAGUCACCUUACGCUAUCAGAGGAACCGUGG